AAACGAAGGCGAUUCGUAAUUUGGAACACGUCAUCUACCAAAAUAUCAUUUCGUGGUCAAUUCCAGUUUCCAAGAUUACUAUUUCCCGGUGAAAGUCCAAUCUGCUUCCGCCUCAUCGGAGCUCCGAAUCUUUUGCUUCCGACUCCCAAUUUCCCUUCCACGCCCUUCCCAUCUUCUUUGAUUGAUUGGCUAAUUGAAUGGGGACGGAAAUUUCGGAGCCAUUGCUCCUCCAGCUCCCGGCGGAUGAGACCCCUCCUGAACCUGAACAUCAUUCCGGGAUUGGGCAAAAUAUCCCGUCUUGGAAAGAACAGAUAACUCUGCGUGGGCUGGUGGUCAGCGCUUUGUUGGGAACUCUAUUCUGUAUUAUCACCCACAAGCUGAAUCUGACCGUCGGGAUCAUACCCUCCCUCAACGUUGCUGCUGGAUUGUUGGGUUUCUUCUUUGUCAAGACCUGGACUACUCUCUCUUCCAAAUUGGGAUUUUCGUUUCGCCCUUUUACUCCCCAGGAAAACACCGUUAUUCAGACCUGCGUUGUUGCCUGUUAUGGCCUCGCUUUUAGUGGUGGUUUUGGUUCUUACAUGCUUUCUAUGGAUGAGAAAACAUACAAACUCAUUGGUGAAGACUAUCCUGGUAAUCGGGCUGAAGAUGUAAAGAACCCUGGAUUAUUGUGGAUGAUGGGUUUUAUGUUUGUUGUCAGUUUCCUUGGGCUUUUUAGCCUUGUUCCUCUUCGCAAGGUUAUGGUCAUGGAUUAUAAACUUACUUACCCCAGUGGGACAGCAACAGCUAUGUUGAUCAAUAGCUUCCACACAAGUACUGGAGCUGAACUUGCAAGGAAACAAGUGGCGUCGCUCGGUAAAUAUUUGAGUAUUAGCUUCUGCUGGAGCUUCUUCAAAUGGUUUUUCAGCGGUAUAGGGGAUGCAUGUGGAUUUGAUAAUUUCCCUAGCCUCGGGUUGACAUUGUUCAAGAACACCUUCUACUUUGAUUUUAGCCCUACCUACGUUGGAUGUGGUCUUAUAUGCCCUCAUAUUGUCAACUGUUCCACUCUUCUUGGAGCUAUAAUAUCGUGGGGGUUUCUUUGGCCGUUCAUUUCCCGGCAUGCUGGUGACUGGUACCCUGCUGGCCUCGGCAGCAAUGACUUUAAAGGUCUCUAUGGUUACAAGGUUUUCAUUGCUAUUUCGCUUAUUCUGGGUGAUGGGCUUUACAAUCUGAUUAAGAUAAUAGCAAUAACUGUGAAGGAGAUGUGCAAAAAUGGUACCAAGGAUAAGGAUCUUCCUGUUUUCAAAGAGGUUCUGGAUGGUGAGGCUUCAAAGUUACUACUUGAGCAGAAAAGGCGAGACGAAGUGUUCUUAAAAGACAGGAUCCCAUUUUGGUUUGCUGCUUCUGGAUAUGUCUGUCUGGCAGCAAUAUCCACAGCCACUAUACCGAUCAUAUUUCCACCCAUAAAGUGGUAUCUAGUCUUUUGUGCAUAUAUUAUUGCUCCUGCCCUCGCCUUCUGUAACUCUUACGGAACUGGGCUCACUGACUGGAGCUUGGCUUCCACGUAUGGCAAGAUCGGCCUUUUCAUAUUUUCUUCUCUGGUCGGAAGCAAUGGUGGUGUCAUAGCGGGGCUUGCAGCUUGUGGGGUCAUGAUGUCUAUUGUCUCAACCGCAGCUGAUCUGAUGCAAGAUUUCAAGACGGGUUACCUCACAAUGUCCUCGGCCAAAUCCAUGUUUGUGAGCCAACUUGUUGGGACAGCCAUGGGAUGUGUGAUUGCCCCUCUGACGUUCUGGAUGUUCUGGACUGCUUUUGACAUUGGCACGCCUGAUAGCCCCUACAAAGCACCCUAUGCUGUGAUUUACAGGGAAAUGGCCAUCUUGGGAGUUCAAGGCUUCUCUGAACUCCCAAAGCAUUGCCUCGCCCUGUGCUUGGUUUUCUUUGUCGCGGCUAUAGCCAUCAACUUGUUGAGGGACGUAACGCCUAAGAGGAUUUCACAGUUCAUCCCAAUACCGAUGGCGAUGGCAGUGCCCUUCUACAUAGGGGCAUAUUUUGCGAUUGACAUGUUUGUGGGAACGGUUAUAUUGUUUGUGUGGGAGAGGAUUAACAGGAAGGAAGCAGAGGACUAUGCAGGUGCAGUGGCAUCUGGUUUGAUUUGUGGAGAUGGGAUAUGGACAAUACCGUCUGCGGUGCUUUCAAUCUUUAGGGUUGAUCCUCCAAUUUGCAUGUACUUUGGUCCAUCUUCAAGUAGCUGAUGAGAAUUGGGGGGUCAUGUCCCCCAUGGGAGUCAAAACUUGUAUGUAAUGUAUAAAACAUCACUUUUUUUUUUUUUUCUCCUUUUUGCUGUGUAUUCCUGAUACAUGUAUGUAUGAUUCUGUUGUACAUUCUCUUACUUAUAGUGUUAUUUUUGUGGGAUGCACAGAGAAGAAGUGGCUCAUUUCACUCUCACAAAUUCACAA